GAAAGAGGCCUAGAGGUCUGAGAGAGUAGGACCUGUGUUCAGAUACUCUUUCUAAUGUGGAGGGCAUCUAGGGCCCCAAUUCCCCUACCUCAAGGAAGAGGGCUGGAGCCUGGACUUCUGGGUCUGGAGGAGGAGGGGCACCUGGUAUCUAAGGCUUUCAAGCAGUAACAGCUCAGAGGGUGGGGCCGUGGCCUUCCUUGGAGGGGUGGGCCGCUACACACCCUUCCUAAGCUGCCCUGGCAUUGCGAGGUAUAAAAAGGAUGCAUUACCUGGUGAGAGAGUCUGUGGUAGACUUUUGCCAUCACCUGGACAUGAGCCCUGCACCACUGCUGGCCUUCCUGGGGGUCACCUUCCUGCUGCCCGGUGCGCAGACCCUGAGAUGUCAGUGGGGUACCAUAGAGACGGUGAGGAAUGUAUCAGAACUACCCCUUGAAUGGACAACUUCCCAGACAGACUGUGAGGCUGACGAAGGUUGCCGAGAAACACUGGUACUCAUAGAAAAUGGACCCCAAGUGACCUUGGUGCUCACCAAGGGCUGCACUGAAGAAAAGGACCAAGAGGCCAAAAUCACUGAGCACAGGGCAGGUCCCGGGCUCUCCAUCAUCUCCUACACCCGGGUGUGCCGCCACGAAGACUUCUGCAACAACCUGCCCACCACAACCCCGCUGUGGGCCCCGCCCUCUGCUACAGUCCCAGGGACCCUGCAGUGCCCACUCUGCUUUUCUAGAGGUGACUGUCCAGAAAAUCCACCAAAGCAGAUCUGCCCAGCAGGAUACACGCACUGUUACAAUGGAGUGCUCAAGUUCAGAGGAGGGGGCAUCGCCAGCAACCUGAGAGUGCAGGGCUGUAUGCCCCAGCCAGGCUGCAACCUGCUCAACGGGACCCAGGUCAUCGGGCCCAUGGAUGUGAGUGAGAACUGCAGUCCUAAAUCUGGUGUGGAAGUUCUGGACUGCAAAAGAGAAUCAUCAGAAACCGUAAGGAAUGUGUCGACUUUUCCAGUAGAAUGGACCGCUGGCUGGCAGACCUGCGAGAUCGGCGAGGGGUGUCAAGACACGGUGCUUCUCAUAGUGAAUGGGGCCCAAGUGGAGGUGGUGAUCACCAAGGGCUGCACUGAGGCAAAGGACCAAGAGCCCCGAGUCACCUGGCACAGGAAAGGCCCUGGGCUGUCUGUUGUCUCCUAUACCCGAGUGUGCCGCCACAGGGACUUCUGCAAUGACCUGUCCACCACAGAGGCUUUCUGGACCCCCCCUUCUUCUGCAGAUGCCAAAGUCCCAGGGACCCUGCAUUGCCCACUCUGCUUGUCUAGAGGUGACUGUCCAGAAAGUCCACCACAGCAGAUCUGCCCAGCGGGAUACACGCACUGCUACAAUGGAGUGGUCAGGCUCAGAGGAGGGGGCAUUAUCAGCAACCUGAGAGUGCAGGGCUGUAUGCCCCAGCCAGGCUGCAACCUGCUCAAUGGGACCCAGGUCAUCGGGCCCAUGGAUGUGAGUGAGAGCUGCAGUCCUCAAUCAGAUACCCUGACCUGUCAUCUGGGGGUCAUGUGGCGGGUGAGGAGAGACCUGUCUCAAGAACCGGUGGACUGGGAGGCAAGCGCGCUACAGGAAUGUAAUCCUGGGGAGGUGUGUCAGGAGACGCUGCUGCUCGCAGACCCAGCCCCAGGACAGAAAUCACUCCUUGUGGGGAGCAAAGGCUGUAGCAGUCCUGAGAGAGGGAAUGCCCCAACUGUCUCCAUUCACUCGAGCUUUCCUGCAAUAAUCGUCGCCUCCUAUGCCCGGUUCUGCUCUUCCAACUUGUGCAACAGCGCCAGCGACAGCAGUGUCCUGCUGACCUCCCUCUCCAGGCCAGAUGCCCCUGUCCUGGGAUACCUGCAGUGUCCUGUCUGUGUGCAGUUUGGUGAAUCUUGCUCACAAGAUUCCAGCGUCAUUACCUGCCCUGCCAAUACCACUCACUGUUACAAAGGAGACAUUGAAACUCGUGGAGGGAAAGACAAGACAUGGGAAAGAAAGGAGUUCUGGGAGAGAAUCUUCAUCCGAGGUCUGCCCUUUGAUGGUCUGGUCCACAUCUUCGUUCCAGCUUGGGUGAUAGCAGAGCCUUCGGGGUGAUGUAGCCCAGAGCAUUUCAGCACUGCCGUGUCCCGGGAGAUGAAGAUAGAAGUCAGAGUCCUUAAGACAGAAGCCACCGGCACAGCACCUGCCUGGCAAGCACAAGGUCGUGAGUUCGGUUCCCAAUACUGGAAAAAAACAAAAACAAAAACAAAAACAAAACAAAACAAAAGACAGAAGCCACAUCCAAUGAGUUAUUGCACAAUUACUGUAAACUGUGUGCCAAUAACAGUGGUAGACCACCCAUGGUCAUCGUGAGAGGAAGAUGGGGAAGGAGAAAGCUCAAAACAGCUGCUAAAGUACUGGGUGUGUAAGUGGCUGCCACUGGAGAAGCCGUCUUCUGACGCCCAUUCCAUAGUCCCUUGUCACUGCGGUGCAGAGCGGUGGUGCCUGAACCAACUCUGCCUUCAUAUAGGGAGUGAAUAUUGAGGGAUCUCGUCUCUAUUGCUUUUUCCCACUUUCCAGUGAAUGAGGACUGAGCCAAGGAAAUAUCCCGAGGGAAUUCCCUGUCUUCAAAACAUAGUCUCCUUGACACAUCAACCCAACCUCCUUUGUUAAUCAGUUUCAGUCAUUCUGAUCAAUAGGGUAGCCCUCUUUUUGGUUGGUUGUUUCUGCAGACAAAGAGCGCAAAAUAACUUGGAGACACACAUAUUUCUGUUGGUUAGAACUCUGAGAGGAUUCUUCACCCAGACAAACACAGGGCCAGGUGUGGUAGUGCAC